AUGCACGCGGUGGGCCUGCACUCCGCGCUCGCCAUCCGCCGCGAGCGCAAGCGCCGCGCCGAGCAGCAGCGGGCGCGCGAGCGCCGCUACUCUGUCCAAUCGACCGAGUCGGGAGUGACCUCCCCCCACUGCUCUACCGGCAGCCUCGAACGACGAAGGUAUAAGAAAACAGGAGCCACCGACAAUGAAGUCGUCUCGUCGGUCGGCAUGCUCCAUCUCGGAGUGGUGUUCCUUGUCCUCGGCAUGUUCUUAGUCGCUUCCGGAUGGUUGCCCGAUGAUGUUACAUCGUGGAGCAGCAUUGGUUCCGUAAGCUGGUUCAACGAACUCGUAUGCUCCGGCUUAUUUGCCCUUGGAGUUGGAAUAUUCUUGAUCGUGCUCCAUAAGUACUUGACGAAGAGUGAAGAAGACGCUCUUGAAGAUUACGUUCAGCGACAACUAACGCGAUCUCGAUCAGGUCACAGAUUAGAGAGAGACGCUGAGACGGGUGGCAUGAGGACGAAGGGUGCAAGACGAGCUCGGGCCACUGAAGUGCUACCGGAAACGAUCACCGAAACUUACACUGAACCAUCUCCAGAUAGGGCACAUGGCUUUGUUAACGCGCUCGCCUUAAAUGGAGACGCAAUGCGGGAGACACCUUUAGAGCAAAUUGUGGAGGAAGAAGUAUCUGUUGCUUCGGAGACGGAAAGGAGGCUGGGAAAGUUUAACAAAGACACGUACUCUACGCCCUCUGUAGCUCCGAGCCUAAGCCCGGGCUCACCCUCCGACACGAGGGAGCUGCUCUCUGACGGACGCUAUAUGGUCAUGUCGAGAAUGUGAACAACCUAGUUUGACAGUUCAUUGAUACCGUACAUCUUACUUCUUUAUGGACUAGUAUUCGAUUUUAUUGGUAACCACAUAAUUUAUCGCUAAUUUUAUAAAACAGUUGAAUAAAAAUAUUGGAUGA